AUGGAUACUUCAUCUGUCAAUAAUAAUCAAAUCGACGAUAAUUUAUUAUCUAUGGAUAGUAAAGACAAUAAUGAAAUAAAUUUUUUAAUUGGUGAACAAAAUUUAAACACAAUUGUGUGUCUGUAUUGUGAAGAUAUUAUUCUCCGUCCAAAAACAGCCAAAUAUGAACAAAAACAUAUUUUAUUACCCCAAAUGGACAUGAAAAAGACUUCUACUCCGUCAUCAAAUGGUAAUUCUAUACCGAUAAAUGUUAAUGAUCAUUUGUGUGAUUCUGUUGCUUACUGUUGGCUUGUAAACGAUAUGUUCACAUUUGAAAAUGUUGGAUUUUCUAAAACUGUUAAUAAUAACGUCAAAUAUUUGAUGUGUUCGAAUUGUGAACGAGGACCGAUUGGGUAUUGUGAAUUGAAUCCGACAACUGGAGAAUUAGAUAAACACUUUUAUGUUGCAUUUGAUCGUGUUAAGUAUAAAUAG